AUAAAAAACACGCUGCAUACAUGCGGAGAAAUCAUUGAUGUCAGAGUGGGAUAUAAGCAAUAAUAAUAAAAUCAUUGAUAAAAUGAGUUUUCCGUUUUGCCAAUUCUUGUAUAUGGAUUAUAGUUGGUAUUCAGCAACACAGAAAGCGAAAAAUUAGCGUCACCCUUCCGAAGAAGAAUCCCCACUUUACUGUGUGACCGCCGCUAUUUAUGGCAGCCACGUCGCCACCACUCCCUUCUUCUUUCCAAAACGCAAAAAAGAUCCUCUCCAAUUUCACUUCCUUUAAACCAUUUUCGAUUUUGUUAAACGACAAUAAAUACAGUCAUUUUCGGUGUCAGAUUAAGAGCCUUGAAAAUAAACCUUCGAAUUGGAGCGUUGAGUUCCUCUCCGGAACCGAACCUCUCCGUUUGAUACAAAAUUCUCCUUCUUCGAUGUCAAUGGCGGCCGCUUCCGCCUCCGAUUCUGCGGUCAAAACCAGUAAAAAAGUCUGCCUUUUUUACUGCGCCGAGACCAAGGUGCUCGCCGAGAGAAUCGCUGCUGAGUCAGACGCCAUUGAGCCCCGUAGCAUCAACUGGCGGACAUUUGAAGAUGGAUUUCCUAACUUGUUCAUACCAAAUGCACACGGAAUUCGAGGACAAAAUGUAGCCUUUUUAGCCUCAUUUAGUUCGCCGGCAGUGAUUUUCGAGCAGUUAUCGGUCAUCUAUGCAUUGCCGAAAUUGUUCAUUUCCUCGUUCACGCUUGUUCUCCCGUUUUUCCCUACCGGAACUUUCGAGCGAAUGGAGGACGAAGGAGAUGUAGCGACGGCAUUUACUCUUGCUAGGAUAUUGUCCAAUAUACCGACUUCUAGAGGAGGGCCUACUAGCUUAGUGACAUUCGAUAUCCAUGCUUUGCAGGAGAGAUUCUACUUUGGUGAUAAUAUAUUGCCUUGCUUUGAGAGUGGGAUACCUUUGUUUAAGAAUAGGCUUCAACAGCUCCCUGACUCUGACAAUAUAACCAUUGCAUUUCCUGAUGAUGGUGCAUGGAAAAGAUUUCAUAAGCAGCUGCAACAUUUUCCAACAAUUGUUUGUAAUAAAGUUCGGAUAGGGGACAAAAGAAUUGUACGCAUCAAGGAGGGAGAAGCUGCAGGACGGCAUGUUGUGAUUGUUGACGAUUUGGUUCAAUCAGGUGGCACUCUGAUUGAAUGCCAGAGAGUAUUAGCGGCCAAUGGAGCGGCAAAAAUAAGUGCAUAUGUGACACAUGGUAUUUUCCCUAACAGGUCAUGGCAACGCUUUGAACAUGAUAAUGCAGGGCAUCCUGAGAAUGGGCUGACCUAUUUCUGGAUUACUGAUUCAUGCCCUCAGACAGUGAAAGAGGUGAUCAGCAAACCUCCAUUUGAAAUUCUUAGCCUUGCCGGUUCCAUCGCAGCUGCGCUUCAGAUAUGAAAAUACUUCAAAGCCACUAACAAAUCGUUCAUUACACACUUUGAGAGAAUCUAAGUUUUUUGUCUAUAGAAAAUAAUGAGAUCAGAACCCCUUUCGGCAACAAAAUUUUAGAAACUUUUGCUUUAAUUGAUGGAAUAAAUGCUGUUCUUCUAGACUAUUUUAUUGAUGGUUUAUACUUAUUAAUGGCCCACAAUUUCAUGCCAGAAGAAGCUAGUAAAAUAUG